AUGUCGACCUCAAGCUUCUCACUGGAGGGAUUCACCGGGUACACGUCCCAGACACUACCCUUCAAAGCCACAUCAGAUGGGCCCAUCAACCUCGACGUCGUGUACCCCGAGAAGUCAGAUGAGUCUCCGGCUGUAGUCCUACUUCACUACCACGGUGGAUUUCUCGUGAGUAUCUCCUCGUGCUCUACCCAUUCCAUGGGCUUUCACCUUGUUGUUGGAGACAGAUUUGCGUUUUUGCCAUACUGGCUUGUCCACGCCUGCGCUUCGCGAGGAUGGAUCUUUGUCACUCCCGACUAUCGCCUACUACCCGAGUCAACUGCCCAUGACGCUGUCGAAGACACUGCGGACGCCUAUGGAUGGAUCUACUCUUCGCUCCCAGAAAUAUUAGGCCGCCCUGUCGACUCAGUCUUGCUAGCUGGGUCGAGCGCCGGGGCAUACUUGGCUCUUUACACUGCCAUCUCAGCUCCCAAGAAGCCUAGUGCUCUACUUCUAAUCUACGGGAUGCUCAAUCCCGCUGGACCUCGAUAUACAACUACCGGGAAGAACAUAUUUGGGCGGCCGCUGGUCGAGACUGGGCCUGUCUUGGAAGAAUGGCCCAUGAAGGCCCAAGGUGACGAGAGGAAACCAGUUUCAGCUUAUCCCGUUGCCAACCCAGCCUCUGACCCGAGACUCGCUCUUGUUGCCGCACUACACAUUGACGCCUUGUUUCCUGACUACAUGACUGGAAUCGCCGGCCUUUCUCGCCAGAUUGCCACCGAGGGAGUCAAGGCAAUACCAGAAGGACACCGGCGUCUAUUUCCACUCCAUUUUGGCGACCUGAACGGCCUCCCGCGCGUCAUGCUACUUCACGGUAUCAAUGACACAGCUGUGCCGGUCAAGUGUAGUACCGAGGCUGAAGAGAAGUUCAGGGCGUCUGGAGUGCAAGUGUUAACAGAAUACCCACCCAACGCGGAGCACGGCUUCGACGCAAGGGCUGGUAAUGUCAACGUCGAGACGUCAGCUGGGGGUGAUGUUAUUGCUGUCGAGUCUCUUCGGAAAGUAAUUAGGUUCCUUGAGCAGUCCGUAGUCAACUAG